CUGCAGUGAUAUAGUGAUUGCAUAGACAGAAUUGCCCUCCUCAACUUCCUAUUUCAUACUGUCUUGGGCUCGGAACCUACACCACUUUGCAACAUAUUGUUUACAUGCGGUGAACAACGGGAUGUAUAUCUAAUUUUCCUACAUAAUUUGAAGUUCGGAUGCUGGAUGGUCGUUUGAAGCUACAAUCAUACCAACUAAUUAUAUCCUGAGGUUUUCGUCCAAUCGAUGUCCAAUGGUAACGCCUUAAGAAGCGACACAUCACUCACCACAUCGCAGUGAAAGACGAUCAUUUAAAGCUGAGAAAGCUCGUAGUGAUGGAUAGCAGUCGCAAAGGAGGCGCAGGACCAAGUGGAAUCUACCGUCGCAUUAUACCACCUCUUAAUGACACAGACUCUGACUCGUCUCUCGAGUACUGGGAGGAAAGAGGCGACAACUUUUCUUCAAGAUUAAAAAUGGUGAAUGUGAAGAGAGAGCCCAUCGACCCUGACGAGCGGGAGGAGGAAGCGACGCCAUGCUUGCAACGUAUUGUUUACAAGAUAAAGAACAACACAGAACCUGAGCGACCCCCUCGUAGUUCUGCUGGAUCCAGUGCAAGCCAGGUUGCUGCUGCAGUUCCAACAGCUGGCAGUCAGAUCUCUGCUUCAUCUAGCAGCUCUUCAGCAAGCACUGCAAAUAACCAACAAGCAGAAGAUGUGGUGCCUCGCAGAAAUGAAUUUUGGAACUUGCAGAAACUCAGCCUUACGCCCCAAGAUUGUCAUCGCAGAGAUAUGCUGCGGAUGUCUGCCCACAGUGCAAAACGGUCAUCUGAUUUGGGUGAACACAGGGUGCCAUUAUCGGAGGAGGACGUUGCCGUUCAGAAAUCGGUGAAACCCGUUUUUUCAUGUGCACACAAAAGCUCCGUGAACAGCCAGUGUGCGACUCCGCCAAAUAGUCGCAGUGGAAAUGAAAGUCCAAUUAACUCAACUGAAUUGGCUCCUCUCUCCUCCCCUUCAAGCAAGACUCAAGUGAUGGAUACGACUGCAUCGCCACCUCCCUCGAAGCGGCCAAAGAUAACUGACGAAUCAGCUGGACUGAACAGCAACAUUCUUUCCAUGAUAGAAUGUCCAGUAUGCUUGGAAUACAUGGGCCCACCAAUCAAUCAGUGUCGUCGAGGCCACCUUGUGUGUAGCAGUUGUCGAGCUCAGCUGGGAAACUGCCCUACGUGUAGGUCCAGAUUCACCGACCUAAGGAACCUUGUGCUUGAGCGGAUUGUAGAGAUGAUCAAAUACCCAUGCAAGCAUGACAACUGUGAUGAAAUGCUUCUGUUGAAGAACAAGUGUGUACAUGAGCUGAAUUGCCUGCACCGCCGCUAUACAUGCAUGGCUCAAGGGUGUGACUGGAGAGGCAUCCACUCUGAGCUAGUGCCACACGUGCGUAGUGUACACAGUGGAUUGAUUCACGAUGGAAACAAGAUAUGCAUAUCAUUCCCUCUGCAAAUGUUGACCAACUCGAGCAGGAAUUAUGUUCUACACGCUUACAAUGAGAUGUUCCGGGUCAACUUCCAAAGAGGUCCUGCAAAUUCAAUAGUCCACGGUGCUGUGAUUUAUCUUGGCCCAAUUGACAAUGCGAAAAAUUUCACCUUUGAGUUUGCUAUGCACAAAGAGAAGGACCGCACCGAAAGGGCACUUACUUUCAAGCGAACUGUUCUCUCUGACGACCAAAAACCAUCUAGUUACUACAGUAAGAGUGAAGCCUUCUGCGUGACAACAGAUGUGUUGCGUCUUCUUUCCACCAGCAAGGGAAAGGUUCACGUGGAUAUACACAUUGAAAGGAAGAUACACAAGAAAGAUCCUGUUCCUAGUUUGCCAGUAGCUGGUUCUGAAUGCAAUGAUGAUCAAGAAGAUAAUGGGGAUAAGAUAGCGGAGUAAUUUUAAUUUUGUCUUAAUAUGAAACACAACAUGUGAAAUCUUUGAUGAAAUGGAGUCCAAAAAUAUUGUUUACCAUUCCCAUCUUUCAACACCACUUUGAUUGGUCCGCUCAUUAAAUGAUGUGAUUUGGUUCAUGUAUAUUCAUUAUCAUUCAAACGCUGACUGAGUUAAGCUUUGCGUCCAUUGUAACUGCUAUUCCAACCACUUUGAAUACAUCAUCAAUUAGCCCUA